AUGGCGUCUUGUACCUCUCGAAACUUCAUGACCAGAACAUUUUUCACUCUUGUUUUCACUGGACUUUUUCAGGUACAGCACGCUUUUACGAUACUGAAAGAAAAUGGCCGUGACCUUUCAAUCGACCCAAGCAAGAUGUCAGCGAUGGAUCUUAUUGUUAUGGCAAACAUGGAACAAGAAAUUCACCAUCUGAUCGAGGGAGACAUUGUUCCAAGUAGAAAAAGGAACGCUGUUGGAAUAGAUGCUUGGAAAUGGCGAGAACACAAAAUUCCGUAUACUAUCGACGUCAACGGUUUCAGUGCCGAUGGACUGAAAGUGAUUGACGAGGCUAUUGCACAGUUUAAUACAGACGUUUCCUGUAUUAAAUAUGUACCACGUGACAAGGAGCAAGACUACGUCAGGAUUGUCCAUGGUUACGGUUGUCAUUCUUCAAUAGGCCGGGACGGAGGAAGACAGGAUGUGACGUUGGGUGACAACUGUUACUAUAAGGGGGUCGUCAUGCACGAGCUAACACACGCGGUCGGAUUCUUCCACGAGCAGAGUCGAUACGACCGAGACAAGUACGUCGAGGUGCGUUGGGAAAACAUUAUGGACGGGAAAGACCGUGAUUUUGUGGCCGAGUCCCGAAACAUCCUGAACACUUUGAAUGCUCCGUAUGACUAUGGAAGUAUUAUGCACUAUGGCGCCUACACCUUUUCCAAGAACGGUAACCCUGCCUUAAAAGCUCUCUUUGAUGACAAAGGAACAAUGGGCCAGCGAGAUGGAUUCAGUGCCGUUGACAUAUGGAAAAUUAAUAAACUUUAUUCGUGUACUGGAGGCGAUGCCCCUAAACCAAAAUGGAUGAUUGAAGACACAACUUCAACUGUUAGACCUUCAACAGCCAAACUAACAGCCACCACCACCACGACUACAAAGACCACGUCCGCAGCAACUCCGAAAACAUCCCCAACUGCUUCGUCGUCAGUUACCAUGCCUACGACAUCAUCUGCCACGCCCAUCUCCUCAAGAGCCACGCCCACCAACACUCCAAUAAAGCCAUGCCAAUCUGAUCCGUCAUUACCUGCGGGAAUCAGUGGUCCACCAGUCACGUUUGACGCCGUUGUGUUUCAAAACUCCCUGCGUGUCUUCUGGACCAACCCUUGCACGGACCAGUCUGUAUCGGCUUUCGUACUCACGUACUGGCAGGCAGGUGGACGGAGGAUAAAACUUAUGAUCGACCCUACAAAACUGACCUAUUACAUCUCAACCCUAUAUCACCCCGGACGGAAGUUCCAUAUCACCAUAGCAACACUUACAGCAGCAGGGGAAGGUCCGACCUCUGACGUCAUUAGCACCUAUUCAGCUUGUGGAUAUGAGAUCAGCCUUAAAGACAAUGGGACCUUCGACAAGAUCCAUUCUCCUUACUUCAGUCAGGGUUACUACGAGCCGGAUGUUGCAUGCCAAUGGACUGUCAAUGUUCCUCUGGGACAAAGGUUAAAGGUCAAAUUUGCUGCCCUUGACCUCGUUACCAGUGAUAGAUGUGACGGUGACUUCGUGACUGUCAAUGACGUCAUAUUCUGUAACCGUCUCCCCCAGAACGGUUACAUUCUGAGCGAUAAUGCGACCAAUAAAAUUACGUUUUACUCGAAGGCUGGGCAGGCUAAGAAACAGGGCGGGUUUAAAGUAUUUGUCAGCGUUGACGGCAAAAAGCCCAAGAAUGUCACGGCUGUGUCCAUACCUGGGCUAAUACAGCUGUUCUGGGAGGCUCCUGAGGGGAAACAGGGAGCCUCGUAUCACUACGAUCUAAAGUAUCGGCUGCUUCCGGACCGUCACGUGUCUGAAAUCCGACUGGAUUCCCAUAGAAACCACUUCCCGAUUACAACUGGAACACAUUAUGGGCGACUGUUUGAAAUUAAUGUAGCUGCUGUCGAUGUUAUAAAUGGCGUCGACGCGAAAGGUGCAGAUUACAAGACGAACAUUCGAGCAGCCUGUGGAAGAAACAUCACUGUAGACAGACCAGGGGUCCUGAGAAGUCCUCAUUUCCCGAAUCCGUAUGAACCGGACACGAUUUGUGAGUGGAACCUCAUCAUUGAAGAUGGAUACGAACUGUCCUUGACCUUCAAUGACCUUGACCUUCAGUCGACACCCGACUGCCUCUUUGACUAUGUUGAAUUUACGGAUAUCGGAAGAUAUUGUACCAUGUCUGGUCUUUACAACGGUCCCCUCGUGUCAAGGUCAAAGGUUACCAAAGUCAGAUUCGUCUCAAAUGACGAAACUGAGCUGAAAGGAUUUGAAUUGCUGUACGCUAAGAUUUUGAUUCCAUAACACCGGCAUGGAAACGAUAGAAUUAAGAGUAUAAUCCCUACACCAACGCAUAUAGCGGCACAACGAACGAAACGAGUAUCGAUUUGUUAUUGCAAUUAAAUUGUCUACUUACUACUGCAAUGGAGCAUCGCUUUGUCUGUAGAAAAAAACCCAGCAAUAAAUGUUAUCUGUAUUUUUCUGCUUUCAGUGUCUUUCAAGCCAUACCCAUUCCGUCGUCUUUCUUUCCCUUUCUCUUUCAAUCCACUCCAUUUGUACCAUAAUAUAAAUCUCUACAAUUUCCCUAUUUUGUCUCAGGUCGUCCUAAAAUAUCCACAUAACACACUGUCUUUUACUUACUUUAUAACUUGUGUCCAAUCUCUUUGUUGAAACGUUUCAGGCAAUACUAAUUAUUUAAAUUCGAUUAAGUACUAAUUGACAUUCAUGGCUACCUAAAUGGAUGUCUUGUAUACGUUCAACGAUAACUGAAA